AUGUCGCUUUCUUUAGAGCAUUUGGAUAGCUGUGUCCCGGUGACUGGCUUGAAAGCUGUUCAAUAUGGUUCUUUGCCACUUCUCCUUCAAGGACAGGGGCCCUUUGCCUCAGUGAUUAAUACCCAGAAUGGCCAGCUGCUGUCCAAAAUCAGAGUGUUUCGCAGGAACAACGUCCAUGGGUUUAUGAUUGACGAGUCACGACGAGAUGACAACACUAAAAAGAUCGACAUCCUGGUAUGGGGCGGCCAAUCAAUUCGAAUUUUAAGUCUCAGCAGCAACGACGAUCAUCAUCAAGCAGUGGUGCUUACCCACGAGACGGCCGAAUAUGUAGCUCCGGAUUGGGUAUAUGACAUUUGCGCUUCCCAUGUAAAAGACACGAUGAGUCAUGCCUAUGCGAUAAUGGGGCAUAAUUCGCUGCUGAGUGUUCAUCUUGUUAACGCGUCGGACUCGUCGAGGCACCCCAAAGCGAUACGGUUGAAGCGAGUUGCCGCCGGUGUCAAGUCUACACUUUACUCGGCCAAUGUGCUAGCUCUGUCACCCUCGCAUAUUUUGAUGGCGGCCGGUACUGUCUUUGGGGAGAUAAUCGUAUGGUCCUGUUUUCGAGAAUGGGGACUAGAGGAGGAAAAUGUCAAUACGAAAUCUUCCAUUCACCAUUUCUUCACCGGACAUGACGGUUCGGUGUUUGGGGUGAAUAUCUCCGACGAGAUCGGUUGUUGUUCAGCGGCAGAUGCAGAAAAGCAGCCAAUGAGGAGGCUUCUUGCCAGUUGCAGCGAUGACCGGACGGUCCGCAUAUGGGAUAUCUCAGACUGUUUCCGCAUCACCUCGGCAGAUGCGUCGGCGUAUCAAACAGAUGAUGGAUUCGCCCUGAGGAGUACAGGGUUCGGAAGCACUGCACCAGUGAACAUUGCCGGCGGCUCUGAAAUUGCUGUUGCAAAAGAAUGGGGCCAUAUUUCUCGCAUAUGGGGUGUAUAUUUUCUUCCUGUUGGAGAAAACAGCCCGAAUGAUGCUGUCAAUUUGGUUUCCAGAGGCGAGGACGCAACGUGUCAGUUGUGGAGAUUGGAUUUGAAGCCACAGCCUAAUACGGAGUUUCGAUACGGAUUGAGGAAUUUGUCUAUAUUGAGCCAUCACAUCGGUAAGCAAAUAUGGUCUUUAUCUCUGGCCAAAAAGAAUGACGAAACCGUCAUUUACACUGGUGGUGGUGACGGAGGAGUCAGAGUCUUUGAACUAGACUAUUUUGGAAAUUCCUCUAGAAAUGUAAACCUGCCCGAUCACUCUCCUUACAACUCGAGAACAAUGGUGAAAUUUGCAAAUUCUCAAACAAACAAUGGCAAUCUGCUAAAGUCCUUUGCUUUUGUCUCGGAGGAUAGUCUCAUUACAGUUUCCGAUUCUGGGGUGGUGCAGGUGGGAAAGGUGCAUUUUUCUUCUUGCAGCAAGUUUCAAACGAAGCCGCAGAUUGUUUGGCAGGAUAUUGCCCUUGAAGAGGAUUUGCGUUUGGUGGCAUCGAUUGCGACUCUUCCUCGUCGGGGCAUUGCUUUGAUUGGCAGUGGUUCCAGGGUUAUUCGUCUCUAUGAUCAUCGGAGCAAAACGCUGAGCGAGAUGACAAGUGUGCCAUUGAGGCCGUCGAGAAUCUUGAUUCUCGACCUUGGUGAUAGUUCGACACCUUUGCGAGGGGUCUGCUUUGUCGUUUGUUAUAUGAAGACCGAACACGUGGAUCUCUUCUACGUCGAAUUUGGAGAGAACGAGAUCUAUCAAACCCGACGAAUCAGAGUAUCGAUACCUACCUCGUUUGAUGUUACCGUUGCCACCGCCUUCUGCCACGACAAGUAUUUGGCACUAGGGGGCAAAGGAGGCGGGUUGGUGGUUUAUAAAUUAGGGUUUCAGACGGAUACUCUGGAGUAUCUGUUUUGCGACUACAAAGAAAAGAAAAAGAACAUACUCAGGUGUAUACUGCCAAUCGACGAUCCAGACGAUCCUAAUACAGGGUACAUCCUGUCUGGAGGUCAAAAUGGAAGCUUCUUCGUGCACCGUCUUCGACAAGGCUCCGACGAGGCUGCAGAAAUCAAACUUGUGCACCAGGCUCACACGCCGUUUCCGCACAUUGAGGGGGCCUAUUUUGAUGCCACAACUGGUGAUCUCAUGCUUAUGGGCGGCAAGGGUAUUUCGUUUAUCUUGUGGAACGAAACCACCCAGACGGAAGUCAUGGUGCUUGACUGCGGCGGCGCCCGACGGGUCCUGGAUUUCAUGCCGCAUUUUGAUGCACCGGGGUCUGGAAUAUUCGCGUGGAAUCAUCAGCGCGCGCUGCACGUCCUUGUUGCAGAUUCUGUGCCUUGUCGACCGCCGCUUCGUAUCGGCAGUCAUGGCCGUGAGCUCAAGAGCGUGGCUGUGGGGUAUUGGUCCGACGGAUCAUCAUCUAGUAAAAUACCAUAUAUUGCCAGUGUUGGAGAAGACACGGCAAUACGCAUCUCAGUUCCAACAGAUGACAAUAAUUGGACUCCCCUGCGCUGCCUGCGAGUAAUGACACACCACGUCACCGGCCUCCAGCAAAUCCAAUGGUCCGCCGACGGCCGCUUCUUGUUUUCCAGUGGCGGCCGCGAGGAGUUUUUCGUUUGGAAGAUCAGAAGAUCGGUGCCGAAACUCGGUCUUGCAGUGCUGAGAGAAGGCGUGUGUCCGCGCGAGAGUUUUGAGUUGGAAUUGAGGAUUAUGAGUUUUGAUGUGCUGCGGUUAGAGGCGGACUCGGCGGUUGGGGAGGAGGAGGAGGAGGAGGAGCGGUUUCUUAUUGCGCUUGUGUAUUCGAAUUCGACGGUCAAGGUGUUUUUGUAUACUAGUUCGUCGGGGUCCGGUGGUGGUGGUACUUUUGACUUGCUUCUUCGGGGCACGUACUCGAGUAACUGUCUGACCGAGGUGCAUUUCAUCGAGAUCGGCUCGACGAGGUACUUGGUCACGGGGGCCACUGACGGCUACGUCGCCUUUUGGCCAUUGACGAGCAUUAUUAUCCACGGUCGUGACAACAAUGCGGCGGUAGGGUCUAUUGAAUGGAAUAUCCACCAUGCCAUCCAUACCAGCAGCAUCAAAAGCCUCGAGAUUAUGAGGUUGUCGGCGACGUGCCAGUUGCUAAUCGGCGGCGGAGACGACAAUGCUCUUUCCAUCACGACUUUUCGGUUUGAAGAGAAUGAGAACGAGCAGCCGGUUAUCAGCACGGUAUCCGUGCCCAACGCACAUGCGUCCGCUAUCACGGCUAUAAAAAUUUUGAAUGUUCAAAGAAAUGAUGACGAGAAUGGUUCUGCUGUUGUUAAUAUGGCAUCGUCUGGAAACGAUCAACGCGUCAAAUUAUGGCGGGUUGGUAUUGAUGGUGGUAGGACUAAAGCGAUUAGUGUUUCGUUGGAUGUCGACUGGUAUUGCGCGGUUGCUGAUAUUGCGGCGAUGGAUGUUAUGGAAAUGCCAGACAAAAACGAUGAGGGGAAGAUGAAGAGAGUGUUGGUUGUGGCUGGUGUUGGGAUGGAGAUGCUGAGGGUGAAAGAUGUUUUUUAA